CUGCCUUUUGAUAAGAGUUAUGCGCUGUUCAGGUUGCUUUCCGGUCCAUGGUCGAAGGACAUCAUCCUCCUCCUCUGGUAGCAUGGCUCACAGCUAGGUACUGGUCCAUGCUCGUGGUCUGCAUGCGAAAGUAAUCCAAUGACUGUGAGAUACGUGCUCAGCUCAGAGCUGCUUUGCUUCUUGCUUCGACACCCCCAAAAGGAAUACAAAUUCCAUGUUAGUGUGCAAUGACAAAACUAGGUCCAGGGCCGUAGAUUCCGUGGCCCCUUGCAUAAAACUCUCCUCUUAGUUGGCAUGUUUGCUUGUAUUAUUGAUCGUUCACCUAUGAACUAUCCCGCCAUGCCCACGAGGUUAUCAUGCCGCUACCCGUCAUCUGGCGACAGCAUCUUACCCCACCAAGCAAGAUAGGUACGGCACGACAGGAUAGCUGCCAGGUAUUGGCGGGGGCUUUGGUUUGUCUAUGGAUGUCAUACAACGAGUUUCACUGUCCCUCCAGUUCAACCUCGCUCGCCUCAUAUUCAUCUUGUGUGGGCUCAGCACAAUGCGCCUUCAUUUCAAAAGUGUCUCGUGGUCUGGUUAGCUCACCAGGCUAUGCCUCUAAUUAUCUAGCUGAUGGCACAAAGAGGCUAAACCACCGCGACGGUGGGCGCAGAAAGCCAAGAUGAGGCUUGUCUCAGGGGGUAUCCCUGAUCAACAUAACUGCUACAGUCUACUCUGCACAAGCAGAGUAUCAUACGAAGCUGAGGAAUGGAGACCCAGUCAGGCUACGGGGAAGAACAUUUGAAAAACAUCCAAGGGCCGAGACCAAAGGGACGAUUCGUAUAAAUUCCCUUAACCGCAUUCCUCAGUUUUAUCCCGAGAAAUAAGGAUAAUUAUCUCUUCGAAAGACAAUGUCCUAGACACUCGUGGACUGGCAGGAAGAUACCCCCACACAGAGCUUGGGAAGAGGGCCGUCACAGAGGAUGAGAUAUGGUUUCAUCGACGAAGAAAAACAACUCCCUUCUGCCACAGUUUGAUAGCCAGUGACACAUCACAUCACAUCCCGUCACAUCCCAUCGCAGAAGCUAGGGAGAUGAUUACCAGCGUCUCGGACCUGGCUACUGAAUGGGCUUAUGCAGGCCAUAGAUAUGGUCGAUCGUUAGCCAGGAACCAGAUUGUGAUAAUGUCUGUCGCUCUGGUAUCACAUUUGUGAAGCACCCAGAUGUCAGUUCAUCUUGACUCUUCAUCAACAUGCAUCUAGUUGCACAGCACAAGCUUCCCUGAUUCGGCAACCUUGGGGAUAUGAGCUACGUACGUACCUAUUCUGUAGUACGGGCGGUAUGUCAAGAUCUUCCCGGAUCAACAACUGGCGAGAUUGAAGCCCGCUCUUUAUUGUUUGUUAACAUGAUGAUGUUGUUGGUCCGUGACGACGUGUUGGUCAGCAGACUUAAGGACCUUGAUCCUAAAUGACAGAAAUAGUCAGAUGAGUUUAGGGCCAUUUGGACCAUCUUCGGACCAUUCAGGAUAAACUUAGGAUAUUCUUUGCUUAGUUAUUUUACGCACCCUCAUCAAAGGUCUUACUGGUAGAAGCUCUUUCGUUUCUUCCUGCAAGCUUCCUAGCGUGGUUAAGUCGGUUAUGGUGUACAGACGUUGAGCUCAUUUCCACCGUCGCGUCCGUACCCUGGUUGGUUGUCAUGUGGUUCAUCUUUAACGAGAACAACAGGAGGCUGUGGUGAUGAAAACCGUUUGACAGCUGACUAAAACUCAUCAAUCUCUUCAUGCACCUGUGUGAUGGCAUACUGUAUAUUAACUAUAGCGCCCCCUUGAUCUCCUUGUCUCUGCUGAUCUGUCUGUUUCGUCGUGUGUAUCAGCUUCAUUGGUGAGCGUAAGCUAGGAGGCUUCGGGUACCUGAAAGUCGCCCGCCGCAGAGGUAGAGCCUCCGCUAAAUUAGCGUUGACCGUUACCUGUGCUGCGCCCAUGAGAGGAGUAUCUUCAUUUACCUUUCUCUCCACCUCAUCGAGCUGAGAUCGCUCUGUGCCCCACCAUUGACCUUACAUGGAAUAUCCAUCUCACCUCCAGAGUCCCGAAGUUAUCGAUAUUGGCUGGAUUGGUUCCUGUCUAGACAUGGAUGAUGACUUCUAGGCAGAUCUAUUGUUGAGGUGCUAGUUGAUAAGUAUUACAACUGUUGCUGGAUUCAGAGCCUGAGGAUUCGGCCCAGUCAUUCGCUUUCUCAACGUAUCUUUCUUUAGUUAAUCUUCAUGGCUUCACUUCUAUUUCUCCUCAUGACACCUACCUCGACCAAUACCAAAUACCACUCCUUAUCAGACUUUUGUUCCCUUGGGUAUUUUUGGGGCACUUGCACCUUGUUCUACCAUACUUGAGCAUCGUCCCAUUCUAUUUGUGCUUCCACGUCUCUUGCCAACCUCGGUAUCAUCCCAAAGAAGGCCUUUCGACCCAUGUCAUCCUCGUGCGUGGUACUUCCAUAAGUGGGAUCGCCGCCGAAGACAAUCCCCAAGGAGCAAGAAAACUUCUGGCCUUAGAUCAAAGGUGUCACAAAUAACCUGAGCAAAGUUUCACCAAAGUCUAUACUAGACUUGUCUAAUUCUUUCUGUCACCCUUGGGGGUACUUGGAAAGUGGUCCUAGGCUUUCUUGCUUCACUUGACGGUCGCCAGGGGCAGCUUCAACAAAUUCAGUUCAGCUUGUUGCUUUUAGGUCUAGAGAUCGAGGAGGCACACGCAAUAUUUACCUAGUACCUUACUUACUUCCCAUACGGUGAUUAAGUAUAGGUCUAGGUGGUUUGGCAACUCCUGUCACGGUGUCACCUCUUCCUUCCUGCCUUCGCCCCCCUCAGCAAACCCCGAGCAAUACUUCCAAUAUCUUGGGUGCAUAACAGGGCCUUAAUAAACUCAACAUCUUAUCAUCAGACAGCUUCGAUUACUCAGUACUUUUUCUUGGGGCAGUCACCGUCUUUUCGACCCUCGAAGUUCGCGACCGCCUACGAUCUAUACGAACGGAUACCAUAUGCCCCUUGUUGCAGUCUCCGGCCUGUCUCCAGUCUCCGCCGUCAAUCACUGUCGGGGGUUCCAUCUCCCCAAAAAGUCCAUCUCACUCUGGGUUGAUAGGUAGACAGACAUACACGGUCUACCUUCACCUGCACUGCAUCUGCAUCUGCAUCUGCAGCCAUAUUGUUGUAAUGCCCAGCAAACCGACCAAAGCAACCAUGUCCAGCUCCAACUCUCCCACAUCUCAAUCCUCCAACAGCUACGUCGAGCAGACCGUCUCGGUAUUGAGCUCGGUCGCCAGCUAUAUGCGUCUGCCCGCGCUGGCUUCAACGGGUCUCGCCGCCGUCCUCACAUCAUUACUUUACUUUAAACAAAAGGCUCUCAUUUACCCGAGCAACAUUCCCGCAAAUUCUCGCUCAGACGUUCCCAAGCCUUCAGACUUUGGCAUCUCAAAUUUCGAAGAACUUUACAUCCCAACCGACGAUGGCGAGAAGCUCUCAGCCUUCUACAUCCGUGGCCCUCGCGGCCACAAGAACUCAAACAUCACCAUCUUGAUGUUUCAUGGCAAUGCUGGCAACAUCGGCCAUCGGUUACCUAUCGCUCGGAUGAUCAUAAACUACAUUGGUUGCAACGUUUUUAUGCUCGAGUAUAGAGGCUACGGUUCCUCAACAGGCCAGCCCGACGAGUCGGGUCUCAAUGUUGACGCGCAGACUGGGCUCAACUAUCUGCGGCAGCGGGCCGAGACACGCGAUCACAAGCUCAUGGUUUACGGUCAGAGUCUGGGCGGUGCCGUCGCUAUCAAGCUUGUCUCCAAGAACCAGGAAGCGGGUGAUAUCGCUGGUCUGAUCUUGGAGAACACCUUCCUCUCCAUCCGAAAGCUGAUCCCUUCCGUUGUGCCCCCUGCCAAAUACCUUACCCUGCUAUGCCACCAAGUCUGGCCCAGUGAGUCGGUUCUCCCCAACAUCACAAAGGUGCCCACGCUUUUCAUCAGUGGCUUGCAGGAUGAGAUUGUUCCGCCAAAACACAUGAAACAGCUGUAUGACCUCUCCGCCGCACCUACCAAGCGAUGGAAGCCUCUUCCGGGUGGUGAUCAUAACUCAAGCGUCCUGGAAGAAGGUUACUUUGAAGCCAUGUCAGAUUUCAUCGCUGAGGUAACGGGUGAUACACCACAAGAAAAGACACGUUUGUAGAGACUGGGUAUAUCUCGUUUAAUGUUCCAUUAUGCAUGCAUAGCCUUGGUGAAGGAAGGAAAACGCACUGACAGCAUCACACUCACGAUUGACGACACCUCCUUUUUGUAUUACCACACCUCUUCGUACACUUUCUUUGCUAGUCCAUAUUUACGUACACGCUCAACGCUCAACGCUCGCGAAUAGCGGACUCGCAAACCUCGAACUAGAAAAGAAACUUGGCAUUGAUGAGACAUUCAUAAACUACUUUUGAGUUUGUUUGCUUGCGCUUGUGGUGGCCUUGGUGGGGGCACCUUGAGCCUCGUGAUCCCUCCCAACUCGAUGUUCGCGUGAUACGAAAAAAUGAAUAGUUGGUGUCACAUCAAUGUCUUAUAUGCAAUCCUUUGGGUGUCGAGCAAGAAAAUAUCAGACCUUCAUGCAGGUUAUCAAAAUAAACUCAACAAAGGGUAUCCUAACGUUACACUAAACUUGGGCUAAAGUUACAGUAUCCUAAAGUUAUCCUAAAGUUAUACCAAGUUACCUAAGUCGUUUUGUCAUUUAGGAUCGAGUUUCUAAGUUUUCUUUCCUCCCUAGGGUGCAAGAAAAUUUCUGUCAUUUAAUGAGGGCGAUCAAAUGGAGGGUGUUGAGCAGGAUAAUGCUGAGACCACAGUCCUCAGACGAAAGAUGCCGAGGAGAAAUGUAUUGAUGCGAAGAUGGCUGAUGCUGGGCUGCUACAUGAGCCAAGCUGAAUAGGUAGGAUGUCGCCGAUACUCUUGUCAGUUUGUAUGGAUGUUCCAAACUGCUCUCCUGCUAAUGUUUGCUCUGCUUUAACCUUCUCUACAGCCAGCAUCAUGGUAUUGAUAGCUAUGUUACAGACAUGAGAGAAAAGAUAGUUUCUUUAACUACAAUCACGACAGAUGCCAGCCUGAAUUGUCGUUCUAUGCAGGCGUCUGGUUAUCUCGACUUGUUUUGGUACAUCAUCCUCCGGUCUCUCGUGUAAGCUGGAGCAAGUGUGGACGAUGACAACUUUGUCACAUCACCACAGAAAAGUGCUAUAGACAUAUAAUGCAGCAUGUUCAAGUCCAUUGAUGAACUGCCUAGCCUCCGAUAUCUUCAGCCUGUCAAUGCUAUCUCCCUUCUCUCAUCGUGUAGGCAAUGAUCAUAACUUCGGCAGUCUGAUGAAAUGUUUUGCGUCUGUCUGCGGUCCAUUCAUCACGUCUCUCAAAUAUCCCCUUUGUCGUAUAUUCGAGUUGGCUAGCAG